CCAAGCCUGUACUUCGAACCAAAAAUUUGACAUUUCCUUGUAAUGAUUGGGAACGUUAUUGAUGGUAAGGACGUGGACUUGAUAACACCUACUUUACCACCGUCCCACAAAAGAGGUACGUUUAUUUUGGAAGAAAAAUAUAUUUUUUCAAUUAUUAUUCACAUAUGAUUUUGACAAAGCACGACUUAUAUUUGAAUGUCCUUUCCUGGUAACUUGGCUAACCUACUUCAGGAACAUGGACGUGACGCAGAGUGAUGAGGACACAGUGGAUGCCUUGAAAUUGUUUUCAAAGAAAAGGUCAGAUGCAGAGCCCGCAGGCAGUAGUAAGACUGCUGAGGAAGUGGACUCUGUCCCCCGCAGCAGUAAAACAGCAGGUUCUGACCCUUACCGCUACAAGAUGGACUAUCCCUGCAUCGGAACCUGUCUGAUUAUCAACAAUAAGAACUUCCACAGAAGCACAGGGAUGAGUGCUCGGAACGGGACGGAUGUAGAUGCUGCUACUGCUAUUAAGACCUUCUCUGAGCUGGGUUAUAAGAUCAGUGUGAACACUGAUCGGACCGUGGAGGAGAUGAAACAACUGUUGUCUAGUGCAUCCAAGAUGGACCACAGUAAGAGUGCAUCAUUUGCAUGUGUGUUGCUAAGUCACGGAGACGAGGGCGUGAUAUAUGGCACCGACGGCUUUGAAAAGUUGGAGAAGCUGACAAAAUACUUUAAAGGAGAUUGCUGUAAGAGUCUGGUGGGGAAACCCAAGCUCUUCUUCAUACAGGCGUGCCGUGGGGCGGAGCUGGAUAACGGGAUUGAGGCCGACAGCGUCGAUGCUCAAACAUCAGAGAGGAUUCCUGUGGAGGCAGACUUCCUGUAUGCCUAUUCCACCGCUCCAGGCUACUACUCAUGGAGGAACACGACCAACGGCUCCUGGUUCAUGCAGGCGCUGUGCGAGAUGUUGAUGCGUUUCCGCGGAGAGCUGGAGCUGAUGCAGAUCAUGACCCGCGUCAACCGCAAGGUGGCGCUCCACUUUGAGUCCUCCUCCAACCUGCCGGGAUUUAGUGGCAAGAAGCAGAUCCCGUGCAUCGUCUCCAUGUUGACCAAAGACUUCUACUUUCCUGAAAAAAAACCGAGUCACUAA